AUGAUCGUCGUUUUUGAUCUCUUGGAAUACGACCACUCGUUGGCCAUAUUGUUCUCGAUGCGGAUAAGAAGCAUUGACGGAAGUGAGUGUUUGACCUCGGCCAACCUCAAGGUACUUGACAAAAGAAAUGCUUGUGGUGCUGAACAACAGCAGAGAGGUCGUCGCCUGAAAUCUUCAGGAUGCACCGCACAGGAUGCUCGGCCGCAUUCUGCUCGUUGA